AUGAAGAUGCCUCCUCAGCUGAUGGCACAGACCCUUACCUCCGAGGCUGGCUUUCACGAGGCAGCUGGCUAUCGUUUCGCGCGAGUAAUGCGGCUCUGCGUCCAUCCCGCCGUGCAGCGGCGCGGUCUGGGGAGCCACCUCCUGCACCACAUGAUGCAGGAUCUCUGUGACGAGGAUGUGGAUGCAGUGGGGGCCAUGUUCGGGCUGACGCCUUGGCUGCUGCAGCUGUGGAUGCGCGAGCAAACGAGGCUGGUUUGGGUGGCGCACGGGAGCGACCCCAGCAGCGGCCACCACAGCGCAACGGUCCUACGGGCGGUCAGUGGCCGAUGCCGAGAACUCAUAGAUCGGCUCCAAGCACGCUUGGCCUUGCAGUUUCCAGACUUUCUCCGUGACCCUCUGAGUGAGCUGGAUGCGAGCACGCUCCGCGGGGUCCUUGCCGCCUUGGGUUCCCUGGUGGCUGGGCCGCCUGAUGCACAGGAUCUGGCAGAUGUUCGGAGCUAUGCCUGCGGAUCGCGCAAUUUGUCUUGCUGCCGCUAUGCCCUUGUCAGGGCAAGUCUCGAUGCUCUUGGAUCGUCGCCAACCAGGCUUUCUGAUCGCUUCACGCAGGUUAUCCUCGACAUGCUUCAGGGUCGGGAAGUCAAUGAAUCCAUCCUGCGGCAGGCUGUUCGCCAGCUGCCAUGGUUGACUGACACGCAAGGCUUCCGAGAAGAUCAAAAAGGGCAUGACUACUCCAUUCAGCACCGGGGGCAAGAAUGGAACCGCGUGUAA